GAAAUAAUAAAUACCAAACUAAAACAUGUGGUUUACAAGAUGCAAAAAAAGGAGUGAUUUUUGAAAGUUUUCCGCCAGUAUUACGAAUACAAUUAAAACGGUUUGACUAUGAUAUGCAAAAAAAUACUACAGCUAAGAUAAAUGAUCGUCAUGAAUAUCCUAUGGAAAUUGAUUUACAAAGCUAUUUAUCAUCAGAUAGCGAUAAGUCAAAACCACAUAAUUAUUUACUUCAUGGAGUAAUCGUUCACAGUGGUGAUUUACAUGGAGGCAGAUAUUAUGUUUUUUUAAAACCAGAAAAGAAUGGCAAAUGGUUCAAAUUUGAUGAUGAUAGAGUUAUACCUGUAAUAGAUAAAGAAGUACUUGAAGAUAAUUACGGGGGUGAAACAAAUCAUAACCGAUUUAAGAGUGCAUAUAUAUUAAUGUAUAUCCGUGAAUCUGAUAUUGAUUUUGUACUAUCUCCGGUACUUGAUACGGAACAUUUGCAAAGACGCAUAGCUGAUGAGAAGGCUUUAUAUGAACUGAGAAAAAAAGAAGCUGAAGAGCGUCAUUUAUAUUUGUCUCUUAAGAUUGUGACUUUGGCUAAUUUUGAACGUCAUCAGGGGCUUGAUCUAGCUAAUUUUGAUGAUUGGCAAUAUCCAAUAUCUGAAGUUCCACAAUUUAAGGUUUUAAAAAGUGAUACAUAUGCAGUUUUCAAGGCUAGAGUCGCUCACUAUUUCGAGAUUCCAUCUGAGAAAGUAAGAUUCUGGGUUCUUGUAAAUCGCCAAAAUAAAUCUGUCAGGCCAGAUACUCCAAUACCAGACUAUUUUUUCAUGACUAUGAAAGAAAUCCACAAUAAAAUGGCUUCGAGGAAAAAUGAGCUAAAAAUGUUUUUGGAGGUUGCAGACAAACAAAUUGACGGAAAAACAUGGUUUCCGACAAUAGAAGAAAAUUCUCUUAUACUAAUUUUCUUUAAGUACUUUAAUCCUGAUAAACAAUCUCUUGAAGGAAUGUGUUAUUUAUAUGUUAGAAAAUUUGGUAAAGUUGGUGAUAUUAUUCCAAUUCUUUGCGAGAAAAAGAACUUUCCACCACAUACACCUUUGAAUAUAUAUGAA